UUUUAAAUGAACCCUAAAAUGGAGAAUGAAAGGAUGACAUCCGAUGUCAAUCAUGAUGGUCCAUUUUCGAUGAUAGAAAAAAAGAAUAGUGAAAAAGUCAUAUCAAAUAGAGAAUCUCCCUCUGAAAAACGUACAAGCAUCAUCAUCUUUGUCAUUGCUAUGGCAAGCUUUAUUGGUCCCUUGGAAUCGAUGAUUUACAUGCCGGGAUUAUUAUCUAUUGCCAAUUACUUUCAUGCAAGUCAUUCUGCUGUUAAUGCCAGUAUCUCUUCUUUUAUGAUUUUUAUGGGUAUUUCUCCUUUAAUAUGGGCCACAUUAAGUGAAAAGUAUGGUAGAAGGAAGAUGUUUCUUCUUAGUAGUAUGAUCAAUAUCGUGGCAUCUUUUCUUUGUAUUUGUUCAUCCAAUAUAUGGAUGUUAGUUGUAUUUCGCGGCUUACAAUCUGGUGGUGCCAAUGCUGCUCAUACACUCGGAGCGGGAGUUAUUUCAGAUAUUAUUCCCAUUGAACAAAGAGGUAGAGCCUAUGCAUUAUUUUCAUUAGGUGGUUUACUCGGUCCUAUUGUUGGACCUUCGAUAGGUGGUAUUUUAUCAGAAGUUUAUGGCUGGCAAUCCAUCUUUUAUUUUUUGACAUUGUUAGGCAUCGUUCAACUUUACUUUAAAAAAAAUAAUACUUCUCAUCAUACCCAAACAAAUCAAUUAUCUUCCCACACUAUUUUGUUACUACUUCAGUCCCCAACUGUAUGGAUCAUUUCAUUAUUCAAUACAACUAUUUACUCCUCCCUUUAUUUUUUGAAUCCUACUAUUACUCAUACUUUUCAAACGUUAUAUGGUUUCAAUGAAUGGCAGGUGGGUUUAUGCUAUCUUCCUUUUGGUAUUGGUUUAAUGAUUGGAUCAAUAUUCAGUGGUUGGUAUUCUGAUCGUAUACUUGGAAAGUUAGAAACAGACGUGACAUCUUCCUCUUCCUCAACAACAACAGAUGAUAUCAAGAAUGACAACAUUCUUUCUUCAAGUGUAGAAUCAAGAUUAUUGGCUACAAUACCUUCCUUUCUAUGCAUACCUGCUGGAUUUCUUGUAUAUGGAUUGACUGUUGAAUGCAACACUAUCUUUUAUGCACCUCUUAUUGGUUUAUUCAUCUUUGCAUUUGGACAAAUGAGCGCGUUUACACCCACAACUGUGUAUCUUGUUGAUUCCAAUCCUGGUCUUUCUGCGACGGCAGUAGGGAUCAGUCAUUCUAUUCGUUGCCUAACCGCUUCAAUAACGACGUUUUAUUCAAAUCAAGUAUUGGAUGUUUUGGGACCUGGUACACUUUUCACUGGUCUUGCCUUCUUGAACAUGAUGAAUUGUCUAUUGGUAUUAAUAUGUAUUAAAUAUGGUGAAAGUUGGCGACACUCGUUUGACAUCAAGCAUAAAUCUACUUUCGUUAAUGACCAACUCAUCAAGCACUUGACUGAAUCAUCCUCUUCAAUUAGAUACUAGAAAAAAGGAAAAAUAUUACUAUCAACUGCCAUCUUUUUUGUUCGGUAUUAUCUUAUUAUCCUUAUCUUUUGAAAUAAAAAAA